CCGCUAGCCGCUGUGUUUAACCUUGAGCAACAAGAGCUAGAAAUCUCAAUGUUACAGCCGGUGUAUGAGUGGACGACCCGCAACGUGCUGGAGUGGAUGGCCUCCGUGAACAUGAUCUCGUACAGUGGACCCUUCGAGUCCACCGCCAUUCAAGGCAGCGACCUUCCGGCGCUGGACAAGCACAAACUGGCUGGCAUGGGCAUCAAAGAAGACUAUCCACAGCAAACGAUCUUAGUCUGCAUCUCAGAACUGUGCAGAAAUCGAGGCAUUAACCUGCCCUCGGAGGAGGAUGCGUCUCUGGCCGAUGUGACUGCGCUGCGGGACGACAAACACGUAUCUUCAGCGGAGUUCCAAAGCACGAACUGCCGUGGCGAUAUCGAAAGCCAUCAUGGUAGCACAAGUUCGAGCACGAUCAGCUCACGAGUGUCCUCACCAGGCAUCGUCGCUGCCGCAGAGGAUCAACAUCAGUCAAGGCAGUCUACACAUCAGCUGUAUCUCGUUGCCUUCCGAUCAGCCGCCGAUAAAUGCGAGCAGUGUCAGAUGUCACUCUCUGGAAGACAAGUUCUCCUGUGUCGAGCUUGCGGAGCGGUCAGCCACCACGAGUGUUCGUCGACCGAGCUGCCCCCUUGUUCUCCUGGCAGGAUCCCUCCAGAGUCUCUCCAUCGCCGUCUCGUGGCUGUCUCAGAAUCGCCAGAAUCCAUCGAGCUAUCGGAGCAAUUCAGUGCGGAUGAACAAGCUGCCCCGAAUUGCGUUCUAAAUUGCAUCGAGAACAUCGAGCUGUUGGCACAUCGGAAUCCUUCGAUUGAUCUUUACGCCGUCUACGGAUCGCAUAUCGCGCCGUCCGACGUCAACGAUCUCGUCCGAAAAUUAUCACAGGGUGACAACACGGCGAAACAAUCUGAGCUUUCUGGUUACCCUGCUGAAAGCUUCGCGGCCGCUCUGAAACACUACAUUUCGAAACUCAGUUCUCCAUUAAUACCUUUCAACUUUUAUGACCGUUUCCUCGAAGUUGCCGGGGAGAAAAACGACGAAAACUGCGCCAUCCGUCUCCGACAACUGGUUCAUCAAUUACCCGCGACUCACGCGUCAACAUUGCGAGCUUUGUUGUCGCACCUUUGUCGUGUGUGUAAACUACAAUUCGACCGAGGACAGACCCAACCCCCAUUCGAUCUUGUGAACGCCUUCUGUUACCUCAUUCUGAGACCGAAGUUCGAGGACAUCGUCUCGAUCAUAGGCAACACACCAUUGCACGUCCGCAUCUGUAGUCUACUCCUCUCUCGUGGCGAGUGGGGCGAAGCUUUACCCAAUUUCGUUGUUCCAUCCUUGCCUCCGGUCGUUCCUCCGCGAAAAAUGUCGGCACAACCGCAAACGCUCCCGGCCCCCAAUGAGAGCGGCUUAUCCGGCGCCGAAUGGUAUUGGGGCGAGAUCAGCCGGGAAGAGUGCAAUGAAAAGCUGAAAGACACCCCCGACGGAACGUUCAUGGUCCGAGACGCAACGUCGAAAACAAGCGGCGACUUCACCUUGACGCUUCGCCAAGGUGGCUGCAACAAACUCAUCAAGAUCAUCCAUCGAGAUGGCUACUACGGUUUCACGGAUCCUCUCACGUUCAAGUCUGUCGUUGAUCUCGUUCAACAUUUCCGAACUAACUCGCUGGCGCAAUACAAUCCCUUGCUGAACGUUCGGCUGCUCUAUCCUGUGUCCCGCUUCCACGACGAUGAGUCACGGCGAAUCGAUUCCGGUACCUUCCGGCAGAUGCUGAUGAAGAGCAACCGGGAAUUCUUGUCGUUUUCCCGAGAGCUCGAUCGUCUUCACGACAGAUACAGUCAGCUGAGGCAGGAAGUAGAUCUCAAGAAUCACGCUCAGAAGUCUUUUGAGCAAGCAACCGACAUGUACGAAUUGCAGACGAGGGCUGCCAGGGAAGCUCUUCUGAAGUAUCCGCAGUACCGACUAGCCCUCGAAGACAAUCUCAAAACACUGAAACAGCGCAGAGACAUGCUGGAACACGAGCACGCUUGCGUGAAAACCCAGAUCGAGAAACAUCUCGGCCUCCAGCGAGAACUUGAAACUACAAUGAACACUCUCAAAGUGGAAAUCGCCCAACGAAGUAAGCAACGAAACUUCUGUCAGAUGAGCCUCAUACGGCACGGUAUUAGCAAAGAUGAGAUCAACAAAUUGCUCCAAGAAUCCUCGCAAUUGGAUGAACAGAAGGACAAGGAUCCCUCUUGCCUCUGGACAACCACAACAGAAAGACAUGUGAAAAUUGUUCCUGUCGCAGGUAACUACUACACGAUGACGAACCCGACGGCUCGCGACGACUCCAGUCUGCCCCACAACAAUGAGGGCACCUGGCUCGUGAGUGAAUGCACCCGUCUCCAAGCCGAGCAAAUGUUAGAGGGGAAGCAGCACGGAACGUUCCUGAUCAGAAAAUCCAAAACUGGACAAUUCGCUCUAUCGCUCUCUGUUAUGGGCAAAGUCGAACAUUGCUUGAUUUUCCAAACGAGCCACGGCUAUGGCUUCGCGGAGAAUCAGGCCUUAUUUCCCACUCUGAAGAGCCUUGUGCUACACUAUAACAGAGUUUCACUGGAGGAACACAAUUCAGCUUUGCGCAAUACCACCCUGGCCGUUCCUGUAUACGCCGCUGGCCAGCCUUCAGCGCAACAACAAAAAACGGAACCCUAG